AAAAUAUAAGUACCUCAAGGAAAUAUGUUUGAGUUGUAAACGUUGGAUCUCUUCUUCCAACUAAGUUACAAUUGGUAAUUAUGAAGUGUUAUUUAAAUACGUGAAAACUGAGUAAAUGAAUUGUUGUUGUGAAUGGUGAUAAUCACUGUGUUGGAAAGAAAUUCUACACCAGGAUUGUUUCUGUUUUGAUUGGUGAAGCACACGUCUGCCACUGAGCCUCGUUGCCAUGGAGAAGUACGAGAACCAGGGCCUGGUGGGGGAGGGCAGCUAUGGGAUGGUGCUCAAGUGUCGCCACAAGGAGACCGGCCAGCUCGUCGCCAUCAAGAAGUUCCUCGAGAGUGAGGAUGACAAGAUGGUGAAGAAGAUCGCCCUGCGCGAAGUGCGCAUGCUAAAACAACUGCGUCACGACAAUCUCGUUAACUUGCUGGAAGUGUUUAGACGUAAGAAGCGCCUUUAUCUGGUGUUCGAGUUUGUUGAUCACACAGUUCUUGAUGAGCUUGAGAAAUGUCCCAACGGUCUUGACGAAACAACCUGUCGGAAGAUUCUUUGGCAAGUCCUGAAAGGCAUCGAGUUCUGCCAUUUGAAUAAUAUAAUCCAUCGAGAUAUAAAGCCCGAGAACAUACUCGUGAGCAAAAACGGAGUGGUAAAGUUGUGUGAUUUCGGAUUUGCGCGCACUCUUGCCCAGCCCGGUGAGAUUUACACAGACUACGUCGCCACCCGCUGGUACCGAGCCCCAGAACUUCUGGUUGGUGACACAAAAUAUGGAAAGGCGGUGGAUAUCUGGGCAGUGGGAUGUCUGCUGGUGGAGAUGCUGACUGGGGAGCCACUGUUUCCAGGGGACUCAGAUAUCGACCAGCUCUAUCAGAUUGUAAAAGUCUUUGGCAAUUUAACAGCUCGACACAAGGAAGUGUUUUUGAGAAACCCACUCUUUGUGGGCAUGAGAUUACCCGAAGUCCGUGAAACAACCCCUCUGGAGAAAAAGUUUCCUCGAAUAUCGCCAUAUUCACUAGCACUGAUAAAGGUGUGUUUGAGACUAGAUCCAGAUGACAGACCCAUCUGCUCCGAACUACUAAAGCACGAAUUUUUCGUAAGAGACGGCUUUGCUCAGAAAUUCACCCACGAUUUGAAAGCGAAGCUAGUGAAAGAGCAGGAAAAAAAUGCGAUGCUGCAAUCGAUAGUUAACGAUAAAGAGGAGGAAGGAGGGGAAACAGCUAAUAAUAAGCCUGCAGUGAAGAAAAAAAAGAAACAGCCGUUAAUGAAGAAAGUGGACGAUCUAAAUAAAGCAUCUCCAUCAAAGGUAGACAGCAAUAAAGAAACAAAAAAUAGCUCAGAAGAGAAGACCAAACGGAAACUUCCAGAUCCCCCAGACAAGAGUGUCAGCAAGAAAUCUCCACCCACAACAACGAUCGACAGUCCUAAUACUCCCAUGGCAGAGACAGUAAAACAGUCAAGUGUCAAUCCCACAAAUGGUGAAGCCUCACCGGCCGAAAGGGGCGCUAAAUCUCAGGAAGUUACGGAGAAAUCAGAAAAAACAGAAAAGACAGUUCAGAAACUGCACAGGUCAGACUCGAAGCUUGAAAAGAGUGAGAAAAUGGAUUUUGAUAGAACGUCUGGUGAGAAACUGGAAAGAGAACUAGCUAAAAUAGAAAGGGAUAAAACUCGGUUGGAGAAAAUCGAAAAAGAUACAGACGUUCGUAAUGAAAUUAAAUUAGAAAGUAGUUUAGAUAGAAGCAAAGGUGCUGAGUCAAAAACUGAGAUAAAUAAGGAGAAGGGAGAUGUAAAACUAGAUAAAUUAGACAGGGAAAAACGUGAAAAGUCGGAUAAAAGUGAUGAAGGGAGGGAAAUGAAGGAUCGGGAAAAGGAGAAUAUGUUUUCAUACAAAGACUCAACAACGAUACCGCCAAUCAAUCCAUCUGGUCAUAGUAUGCACAACAGCAACAACUUAACACCAAGUAUUCCAUCGUUAAGCAGCCCUCUCAACCAGGCCUCCACAAAUAGCCCUCAUUUAUUUGCACCCCCUGUAAGCAAUCUGACCACUCAGACGCCCCGCGGGACUGUUGUCCCGUAUACGGGUGCAAUGCCCCUGAGUCAAAAAGAGCCCCCUCGAGGUCAAGCGUGGGUCAACGACAAAAUGGUGAAGAAGCAGUCAAACUACAAGAAGGCUGCACCCAACCAUCACAGUGUGGUGAUUAGCCCCCAGCCCCUGCAGUCUGAGAAGAGCCACCUCCACGAUAAAUCCCUCGAGAAGUUACGCACACAGAAAAGGGAGACAACUAUGUUUGAUACGCGACGGGACAAGGAAGUGAUCAGCUUUCCAGAGGUCAGGGGUGCUGAAGCAUCCAUGGCAAAAACCAAGAGCAAGACGCAGACCGUGUCAAGGUCAAACGUGGCCACCAUACCCCAUAUAACAAACAUUGACCCCUUCCCCAGUAGUAGCCAGGUGGAAACUCACAGUUCAGAAAAAAGCAGCGAGAGCAACCUACCCUCAGUAUGAUGAUGUCGCGUCUGCUGCCACCCAGUUUUCGGCGGGAAAUGCCCUGACCAGUAGACAGGAAGUAAUGUCACAACAGGAAGUGAGGUCAAACCAACCGGGCAUUGAAAAACUACAGUACUUGGUUCCCUCCAUCGCUGUUAUUAAACUGUAGAACCGUAUUAUGGUGCUUUUCGAUUGGCUGUGGUGUCAAGCGAGUGUUAUUUUACAGCGUUACAGUGAUAGUAAAUUAUUUAUUGAUUAAUAUCCCACUUAUUUUUUCCUGCAGUCGUUAUUAUGCCAUCUAGUGGGUAAUUUAUAUUGCUUGACUUGCAUUUGAUUUAGGAAUGAACUAAGAAAUAAAUCAACAUCAAUAACAUGUUAUUCAUCAGAUUUCCUUGCAUCACAUUUUUGCCGUCUUUGAAUUCAUGGUCUGGUGUGAAUUCAAGUAUCAUUCAUAUGACUCGAGUUUGAUGUUACUAAACAAUACUGAAUGAAAUCAGCUUCUUUCUUUCAUUACUUUAUUGAAGCUGUAAAAUCCAGUGUGCUGCAUUUAAAAUAACAUUGCUGCAUUUAUUUUUUGCAUUUGAUAUCUCGCAGGUGUUUCAAAUUGUCUUGCGAAUCUAUGUGGCUGAUAGUGUGUGUAUAUAAAUGAUGUAUUUAACAGAAUGUAUUUAGUAUGUUUUAUUGAUGCUGAUUUCUGGUCUGUGAUAUUUUGAUCAUCAUGAAACCAUUGAUGCAGUUUAUGUUGUACUUGUUCCCAUUUUCUGCAUAUCAGUCAUAUGUAAGAGAUACUUUUAUCCACCUGCAUUUUGUAUUCAAGCAAAACUGACAGUGUUAUAGCAAAUGUUUUGCUGCUUAGAUUGUAUUGAAUUGAAAAUAAAAUGUGUUUGUUAAUCACACGUUUUAUAAAUCUGGAUUUUUAUGUCCCCCACUAUAGUAGUGGGGGACAUAUUGUUUUUGCCCUGUCUGUCUGUUGGUCUGUUGGUCUGUCUGUCUGUCUGUUUGCGCCAACUUUAACAUUUUGCAAUAACUUUUGCUAUAUUGAAGAUAGCAACUUCAUAUUUGGCAUGCAUGUGUAUCUCAUGAAGCUGCACAUUUUGAGUGGUGAAAGGUCAAGGUCAUCCUUCAAGGUCAGAGGUCAAAUAUAUGUGGCCAAAAUCGCUCAUUUUAUGAAUACUUUUGCAAUAUUGAAGAUAGCAACUUGAUAUUUGGCAUGCAUGUGUAUCUCAUGGAGCUGAACAUUUUGAGUGGUGAAAGGUCAAGGUCAUCCUUCAAGGUCAGAGGUCAAUUAUAUGUGGCCAAAAUCGCUCAUUUUAUGAAUACUUUUGCAAUAUUGAAGAAAGCAACUUGAUAUUUGGCAUGCAUGUGCAUCUCAUGGAGCUGCUCAUUUUGAGUGGUGAAAGGUCAAGGUCAAGGUCAUCCUUCAAGGUCAGAGGUCAAAUAUAUGUGGCCCAAAUCGCUUAUUUUAUUAAUACUUUUGCAAUAUUGAAGAUAGCAACUUGAUAUUUGGCAUGCAUGUGUAUCUCAUGGAGCUGCACAUUUUGAGUGGUGAAAGGUCAAGGUCAAGGUCAUCCUUCACAAGGUCAAGGUCAUCCUACAAUGUCAAACAUCAUAUAGGGGGACAUUGUGUUUCACAAACACAUCUUGUUCAUGAUAUGUUUAUUUAAAAAAAAAAUAGAACAGCUAAUAUUUCUUAACGAAAUGAAAUCUUUCUCAUUGAAUUUUUUUGACUCGCUACAGUAUUUGUUUUUAUAUGUUUUAAUUGUAAAUUUAAUUUAUAUUUAAGUUCCUGAAAAACAUAAUAACUUACAUGUUGCAAAUUGUAUUUUGAUUUAUAUAAUAGUUCCAGUUAUCUGAAUGUAUGAUUAAUUAUUCUAGCUGUCUGCUGUACAAUUAGACAAUUUCAUGAAUUGUUGAUAUAGGAUAGUGGUAUCUGAAAGUUGUAAUUUUACUUUUUAUCUCCAUAUUAAACAAUGAAGCCCAAUUUAAAAUGCUAGUUUAAUCAAGUACAAAUUAUAUUCGUGGUCAAAAUUUGCUAUUGUGAUAUUAAAAAAAAAACUCCAUUAAUUUCAUGUUUUGAAUAUUAUGGUACCAGCACUUCCUUUUUUUAAUGCAUUGUAAACCACUUGUAAUUAAUCAGGACAGUUUAAUUGUAUAAAAAUAAAAGACUAUACAUACAGUUAUUUUAGCUACCAUGAACAUUACCAAGUCCUAUACUUGUUUUUACAAUGUUAUGCAAGUAAAUCAUCUCCAUCAGUAACUUGUUUGUGCUAGAUGCCUUAAUAUUUUUCAGUUUUUGCUUGACAAUUUUUAUAAUUUUCACCUGUCACUCUGUUGUAAUUUAUUUCUACUCAACUGAGAUUGGGCUAUAAUGCAGGGUUUUUCCUUUUCAUGCAUAAUAUCAACACUACUUUCAGUAUUAUAGAAAACUUGGAUCACAACCCCACAGGUAGCUUACAAUGAUCGCACUCAAGUGUUGUAUAUAUGUCUUGUUUAUACAGCAGGGAAGAAAUUUAAAAGACAGUUGUCUCCCAUUGUUAAACAUAGUGUAAUUUCGAACAUAAGAUGCUGUAAAACAGACCAUAAAUCUUUAAAAAGACAGGAUUUUCAUCCAGAAGACUUCCUUUAUAAAGUUCCAUUAAUGAGGAAAGUGUUGUCCCUGAUUAGCGUGUGCGUACUGCACCAGCUUAACUGGGACAUUACUGUAUGCGCAGGCUUUAAACAGUGUUUUCUCUUAGCGUGGCUCAUAUGUGGUUAUAGCAGUCAUGAAUUAUUUGGUUGUAUUGAUCAACCUGUGGGUAUUGGAUAAUCAUAGAAACCAUUUCUUGUGCAAUGUAGGCCAGUUUUUUUUAAUGGAAUACUUUCAAUUGAAGCUCGCAAAAAUCACUCAGUUCCACUUUUCGGGUCCUUUAAAUGUAACACACAGUUUUGGGUAUAAAUAAUGAAUCAGGAAUUCUUUUAUUGUUGAAAGGUAGACAGAGAUAUUUAUUUACGGUAUCUAACAAGAUAUGUAUUACUUCAAAGUUUGAUUUUAGAACAACUUUCAGUAUUUGCAUUUGAGAAAUAUAAGCCGUAUGGCUUUUGCUGAGAAUUUCAGAACAUGCAUUACAUGUACCAAUUAUUGUAGAAUAAAUGAAGGAAGAAAUUUCCAUGCUUGAUUAGAAUGUCAUUAGUUUAGAAACAUAGUUUAAACCAAUGUUCAGUAUCAAGAAGGAGUAUUUAUAUCAGUAUUUAAACAAAACAGAAUCUCUCCUUUAUCAAAGGGUAUUUUAAUGUUUUAGCCAGUUUAAUUUUAUAUGUCUAUAAAAUAUUUGUUGCCAAAGCCAGUUUGCAUUGUGUUUAUCAUUUUAGCAGAUACAGGCAAUUAAUUGAUAGUUUAUCUGUGGUGAUUGAGUGCCAAAACAUAGUUGAAAAAUUAAAAAAUGUGGUUAUUUAUUGUUUGUUUAUUCGAUUAUUGAUUGAAGAAUGAAGAUUGUUUUUACAUCUGCCCCAUUGGUUGUUAUGAAAUGCCAAAAUAGCACUUUUCUUGAAACUUAAUAUGCAGUAAUAAUCCCCACCACAUGACUUGUGUAGGGAUUGGUUAUGAAGUUCUUUCUACCGACAUUUCCCCACUCCGUCCUACCUAUGAAUCAAGUUGGGCAGUAGUAAGGUACUGAAGUAUGUGCACUGAGUACUGGUAAAAAGGGCUAACACAGGAGAAGUGUGAGUUAGUUAACCCUCUCCCACUUAGAAGCAAAGUGUAAAUGGCUAUAUGCAAACAGCAUAAAACCAGAUCAGCCUGCGAGUAAUUCGCAGUCUGUUCAGGUUUUAUGCUGUUUGCUGCUCAUCAGUUUCUAAGGGAUGGCAAUGAAGCCUUUAAAACUUGAAUCUAGAAAGAAAGGUCUUAAGUUAUAUUUAACUUUCUAAGGGACUACAAAUGCGUAAAAAUACGUAUCAAAGUGAUAAAGGGUUAAUUAAAUGGUGUUGAAAUUGGCAAAGAAACACCAAUAAACAAACAAACAUGACCUUAAACAUACUUUGUUGCAUGCUUAAAUCUUUAAGUUUGAUACACACUGUAUGAUUAUCAAGCUCAAAUAUUUUUCUUGCCACAGAAUAAUAGACUUAAAGGUGCCAUUAUUUGUGACUAUUUUGAAGUAUAUUAUUGCAGACAUAGUUUCUUUGAUUUAACUGUGCAUUGCUCAUGUUUUUACAGUGUAUGCUUUACAGUGAACAGCAGAAAGUUGUUUAAAAAAAACUUAAUAACUAUGCAAUAUAUUUUCCUUAUUGGAUUAUUCAUCUGUUCUUAUGUUAUGAAAAACAGAAUGUGCGGAAAAUUUCCCAAAGUACAAGGAUUUUUGAAAAAAGAAAAAUAAUAUGUACGGAAUGCAGUAUUUUUUGGAGAAGUGGUGUUGUUUUCUGAAUAAGAAAAUGACCUUCAAAGAUAUGGCUAUUGUUCGUAUAAUUGUUCUUGCAUUUAUCAUUGUUGUUGUUAUUUAUAAGUAUGUAUCUAUGGAUCAGUAUUGUAAUUAAAAUGUUACUUUAAUUUUUACAAAGUUCCAUUUUAUUUGUACUUUUAUGUUGUUCUUAACUCCAUGUGCAUGGAUGAAGCUCAGAUUUGUUAAUUGAAAAUGCAUCCUUUACUUAUUUUGUUACUUUGAAAAAUUAUGUUUUGAAGCAUA